AUGAACGCAUUCUGCACCACGGUUACCCAGUCAGAACUCCAUGCUUUAGCUCACUGGGCAUCUGCAGCCUUGGUGAGGACACUGGAGUGGGACACUGACUCUGCACCACUGCUGAGGUACACUGAGCUCUCACCUCUCAGACUUUGUGUUUACUGUGGAAGAAAUCCCAAGAUGACAGAUAACGCUUUGAGUUCUGGAACCAUAUCCCGUGAUUUGGUGACAUUGUCUGAUGUGGCUAUAGACUUCUCUCAGGAGGAGUGGGCCUGUCUGGACUCUGCGCAGAGGGACCUGUACUGGGAUGUGAUGCUGGAAAACUACUGUAACCUCGUCUCCAUCGAUCCCACUGGCGGGCCUAGAACAUGCUAUAUAGCCCAGGCUGGCCUCAAACUUGUGGCAGCCCUGAUGACUCAGCCUUCUAAGUGUUUCAGUUACAGGUCCUUUGAGGUUCAGGCCCUCAUUGCUGCCCUGCUGGGCGAGGCGACUGUGCGAAAGCCUUUAGGUCAGCAUUAGAAAAUUCCCACCAGUGAGAAGCCCCAUGAGUGCAAUGACUGUAAGAAAGCCUUCCACUGGUGCAAUCAGCUUACUCAACACCAGAAAAUUCACACCAGGAAAAAAAAAAAAAAAAAAAACCUUAUGAACAACUGCAGGAAGGCCUUUCACUAGGGUUAGAGCCUUGUUCACACUGGUGAAAAACCAUUCUUAUGUAAAGAUGGUGGGAAAACCUUUAGGCAUGGUAAGGAACUCACUCAGCACCAAGGGUUUCAUACUGGGGAAAAAGACUAUGGGUGUAAAUACUGUGGGAACCACAAAAGAAUUCACAGUGGUGGUAAGCUCUAUAACUGUGAGCACUGUGGGAGCCUCAUUAAGCAUAAGAGAAUCCACACAAAUGAGAAACACUUUGAAUGCCAAGAGUGUGGGAAGUCCUUCACUAGAGUCAAUUGCCUCACUCAGCACCAGAACAUUCACACAGGGGAGUAACUGCAUGAGUAUAAGGAAUGUAAGAAGGCCUUUCCCUGGGUUUCAAGCCUUGCUAAACAUGAAAGAAUUCAUUCAGGUGAGAAACCCUAUAAAUUUACAGAAUGUAGGAAGGGCUUUAAUUGUGGCUAUCACCUCACGCAACAUGAGAGAAUUCACACUGGUGAAACCCCUUAUACAUGUAAGGAAUGUGGGAAGACCUUUUUAUAUGAAUCAAGCUUUCUUAAACAUGAAAGAAUUCACACAGGAGAGAAACCCCACAAAUGAAAGUAGUGUGGGAAGGCCUUUAGUCCUAGUCACCAGCUUAGACAGCAUGAGAAAACCCAGGCAAAAUUAUGUAAAGAGUGUGGGAAGAUUUACAAUAAUAUAAACUGUCUCAGAGAACAUCAGGAGACACACACACACACACUGAAAGCCUUGACUACAAAGAGCAUACCAGGACCUCUGUCCUGUAUUCAUCCUUUCCUUGGUGAUUAG